AUAAAACACUGUGAUGUCAGCUAAUAUUGGCAAUGCCAUUGUAGAUGUGACGGAAUGAAAUCUCAUCUCGUGUAUCUUUUUAUUCCCUCCAGACACUCUGCCAUCGGAAAUGGACAGGGACUUUUGGAAGAAGCUGUUGUCGUAUACAAAAGCGAACGUGACUCUGGAUCCAGCCACGGCCCAUCCCAUCCUCGUCGUGUCUGAGGAUGGGAAAAGCGUGAGACGCGCAGACGCGUUGCAGGACCUGCCUGACAUGCCGGAGAGAUUCGACGCACGUCACUGCGUGCUGGGCUCCGAGGGGUUCACCUCGGGACGACAUUACUGGGAGGUGGAGGUGGGGAAUGGAAAGUACUGGGCUGUGGGGGUGGCCAGAGAGUCGGUGAGGAGGAAGGGACGGAUCAGCCCUAGCCCCGAGGAGGGGAUCUGGGCUAUGGGGAUACACGGGAGUAAGGCGCAUUGUAAGGUGUACGAUACUCUCUCCUCCCCUGCCACCCGUUUGAUCUCGUGGGAUACCAUAAAGAGGAUCGGGGUUUCUCUAGAUUACGAAGCGGGGGAGGUGACAUUUUUGGAUGCUGAUUGGAAGUCCCUGUUGUUCUCCCUCCCUCCAGCCUCUUUCAAUGGGGAGAGGAUCCUCCCUUACUUCUGGGUGCAGGGAUCCCCGCUCAGACUCUGUUCUUGAGACAAGGGGGUGGGGGGACGGGGAGUGUCCCCCUGGGAAUGAGAAAACGGGCUUCUCUCGCCCCCAACAUCCCAACCCCUGUGUCCCCAGAGGGCUCCCAUCUCUCCGAGCCCCUGGACCGCUCCUCUCCCCGAAGCACUGAUGUCUCAGCGCGCCCAUAAAGAGCCGGCUGGGACCUGGCCAGAGAAUCUCACUGCAGCGGGUCUCCCGGCCUGUUUCUCACGGCGCUCGGUGGCUCUGGAGGCUGCCCAGGCUGGGAACCAGCCCCCCAGUAGCUCCAGCGCCCCCCAGGAGCAGUCACACCCGGCACGGGGCCCCCUUAAUUCUUUGGGCCACGGAGCCCCUGGCUGGGGGACUCCUGCGGGGGAGGAGUUUGGGGGUUGGAGGCGGAGUUUUGUCGGGGGCUGCCGGAGGGGCAGCUGCUGGGUUUCUGGGAUGGGGUUUUCCGAGGCGCUGAAGGGAAUUAGGUCCCCAAAUCCCCUUGUAAUUCCCUCCGUCGGGUCCCUCCCCGCGGCUCUGUUGGGAAUCGCAGCUGUGCAGCGUGAGCUCUUCUCCAUGUUCAGCGCAAUCUGGAUAAAGAUCGCUCCGUACGA